UUAAAUUAAAAAGAAAACACGUUAAAUGUUGGAUUUAAUGCGUUAAAUGUCCUAAUGCGAUGCUUGUUUCCGUCCAGUAAAUACACGCAGCCCCAGCUGAGGCCUACAGGCCCCCCCCUCCUGUUAGCGGUGGCUAAGCUAACGCCUGGGCCUCUCUGCACUAACGUCUCUGUUACGUAUGAGCGCCAAACAUCACAACAUAACACAAUAAUUCAAAUAUAAACUCGUGUAUUAAGCUACAGCUGGAAACAGCUCCGUGUAUUAAACCGUAAUAUGUUGCGCACAAGAGCAACGGCUUUUUUUUUUUUUUUUUUUUUUUUCCUCCGCCCAGCAAUUAGACUGCGCCACAGCGCGGACACGGAGCGCCGCUUCUCCGUUUCUGCGCUUACCUGGUCUGCGAUGUUGAGGACUCCCAUCUCCCAAACUCAGCCAGGACGGAGCUCCUUCAUGAGGAUAAAACUUCGAGCCGUUGACCUCCAGCACAGAGGGAGGCAGCAUUUCUCGUCACAGCCGUCGAGGCUGAACCGGAGAGCGGACUGACACAGAAGAAAGGAACCGUUUGUCCCACCGGCGUUUUAUUUUAGCAGCAGAAGGUCGUCCGCUGUUUGCGGCGUUUGUCAACACCGAGGACCCGAAAAAAGUGAACCCUGAAGCGGGUGUGAGGCUCGGGACGCGGAGUGAUGUGAGUGUCGGUGAGGAGACAAAGAGGGACGCGGCUGUAACGUCGCGUUUGGUCGUUAUGAAACCGUGCUAGCUGCGCGAGCUAACGGCUGACUAACGUAACUAACGUCUGCUACGUUGACAGCAGCGCGAGCGACCGGAGACGCUGCUCGACGACUAAACUCAAGUCAAAAUAAGACACACGUGUUUAUUAAUAAAUACAAACACUUGGACUCUUGGAGCAAGACUCAGCCAGGACCCGGACUCAGCCAGCUUCUCAGACCCAGGAUCUGUCUGUGUGGCCGGCUGGCUGGUUUGAUGGCAGCCGCGGCCGGUGCCCGGAGGUUACCGAUGGGUGUGCGGACGUUCAGUGACUUUCUCCAGGUUGCCACCGUGGGUUCACCUCGUACCUGCCGUACACCGGUUUCCAGAGGAUGCCUGCGUCAAAACAUCAGACACCUGUCGUCAUGUGGCAUUUUGAUGACAAGAACCCCCAGAGUGCUCUGCCUUCAAGACUGGGACACAAUGACGGCCGUUCCCCAAAGCAGAAACUUCAUCAGUCUCACCAACAAAAGGAAGGAGUACUCUGAGCGUAGGAUACUCGGGUUUUCUAUGCAGGAAAUGUACGAUGUGGUGGCCAACGUUGACGAGUACAAGAACUUUGUGCCCUGGUGUAAGAAGUCCCAGACCAUGAUGAAAAGAGCAGGCCACUCCAAAGCUCAACUCGAAGUGGGAUUCCCUCCAGUGGUGGAGAGAUACACGUCUAUGAUCACCAGCGUCCGGCCUCAUCUAGUUAAAGCAGUGUGUACAGAUGGAAAGCUGUUCAAUCACCUGGAGACAAUAUGGCGCUUCAGUCCUGGCAUUCCCGGUUACCCUCGCACCUGCACAGUAGACUUUUCUAUUUCCUUUGAGUUCCGCUCUUUGCUGCACUCCCAGUUAGCCACCAUGUUCUUCGACGAGGUCGUAAAGCAGAACGUCGCCGCGUUCGAGCGGCGAGCCUGUAAGCUCUACGGCCCAGAGACUCGUAUCCCGCGAGAGCUGAUGUUUCACGAGGUGCAUCAGACGUGAUCUCGGGGUCACGGUCCCCCCUCAUCUCGGCCUUAAAGCAUACCAACCUUUAUUCCCUUUAUCCACGAGAACCCCACACGAUGCUGCUUCACUUCGAGUCUCCACCGCUACAUCACGCCUCCAGAAGAUGUUCAGACAUUCAACUCUUGUAAGCAUUAUGUUGUUGGACCUCCUGCCUCAACAGAUUCUUACUCCUCACCUCCUCCUCCUCCUGCUUGUGUUAAGUCUGUCCACUCUCUGUCUACCUCUUCUUAAGGGAUCCUUGUUCAGCAGAAGGAAACCACCACUGCAGUUACAAGCUGUAUUCAUGUAAACAAAACAGUAAAUCCUUGCAACACCACAUCACCGAUGGUAGAGAGUCGACUAUUAUUUUAAAACUAGCGGCGACACAGAACAAAACAUCCUUUUUUAUUCUUUGAUAGAAAUAUAAAAGGCAAGACUUUUUGCUCUUAACUGGGAUCAAGUCUAAACGUGUCGCUGCGAGCUGAACGUUACGCGACACACCGACGCGUUAUCAAGUCAAAGUGUGUCCAGUUUUUAAAUCAUCUGAUUUAUACUGUGUUAGGGAAGCUUAUCUUUGCCUUUUUUUUAUCAUUUACAUUUAUUUUAAAUUGAAUAAUUUAUCAAACAGUAGUGAACUUGGUGCAAAGGAGUCAUUUGUUUCAUCCUUUUUUUUAAAAGUUUAUAUGCACAAUCUUUAAGCUUCAGAUUAAAUGUGCCAUGUUCAGGACGUUGAGAGAGUUUGUCGUGACAAUAAUUAUAAUUAUAAUAAUUAAUAAUAAGGUUUCUUCUUUUAGUUAGCGGUGCCUUCAACUUGGCUUUGAGCUUUGGGACGUUGAGAUUUCACUCGGUUGUUGUGCUGUGAGAAUUGUUUUUGGAUGUUGAGACUUGGCCUGCCAGUUUUAUUUAAUGCUUUUUUAUUUUACAGCCCAGCACGAGUGACUACAGAUUAAGAGUUUAACUUUGCACAAACAAGAAGAGCACAAGAGCGCUGUGAAAUACUGUAAAACAUAAGAAGUCAGAUUAAUAAUCCAGUUGAUUAUUAGAUCUAGAUUGGUAUUUUCUGGUCCUCCUCUCUUGUGUACGUCCUGCUGGGCUGUAGAAUAAAACAUCACCAAUCAUUUAUCAUCGUCUUUUGGCUUCAUGCUUUUUUUUCUUGGGGGGGGGGUUAUCUUAUUUAUAAACAUUAUGAUGCAUGAAUGUAAGUAACAAAGAGGUAAAUAUAGUGUAUUGUUAGCGCAUGAUUACGUUUAAGUUUAUGUUUCAUAUCUGACAAAGGUCUCAUAAAGUGUUUGCCAUUUUUAGAGGUGACCGAUAUGUUCGAGUCGCCAAAGGUCAUCGGGAGAACAGCCCCGACCUUCCUCCCGUUCAUUGUGUCCACGCGUUCCAAGUCUCAUACUCCAAAUAAAAAAAGUGUUUCUGCAGCUGGAUUUUUAGCUUCAGAGUUGACGUGGUUUAUUUUCCCCGUCGGGGGCGGUUUGAUCAUCAAUGCAUGAAAGAAUGUUCACAAAAUCAAAAUGGGUAACUUAUUGAAAGAUUAUUAAAUGACAUUUAUGAUGUUUAAUCCUAAAGAAGUUAAAUCAAUUAAGUCUAUUUUAAAAACAUAUUGGAAUCUGUCAUUUCACCCCAUUUUCUUACCGUGAUGUUUUUAAGUAUGUUGCACGCAGAUUGGAUACAACGCUGGGUUUUUUAGUUAUUUUAAGAGACGAUAUAUCAAAUAUAAACCCAAGAAAUAUUUAAAUAUUUAGAGUAUUAUAUGAUCCCCCCACAGAAUAUUUCCAAAUUGCAGAUGUGUGAACGACCGUCUGUCUCACAGUGGUAGCCUUGUGUAUAUAUACUGUAUAAGGAUGGAGACAAAGUGCUACCACCGACUGAAGACUUGCUGUAACACUGUAUAUUACCUUUUAUUUGCAGUUCAAUCACUUGUAUGUAUCUUUGUAAAUACUGUGGGUGUUUCAGAGCUCUGUUAUUUAAAUAAAAAAAAGCAGGUGGAGUU